AUGACUAUAUAUAAAAGCAACGGGAACUGCAUGAGAAUGAGAUGUGGAGAGCAAUGCCGAUCAAUCGGAGGGCCCCAGGAGGCCGCUCACCCAGACGCUCUCAAGGCAGCGCUGGCCGAGUUCAUUUCUACCCUAAUCUUUGUGUUUGCAGGUGAAGGGUCAGGCAUGGCCUUUAGCAAGCUGACCAACAAUGCAGCCAAUACCCCUUCCGGCCUCAUUGCUGCCGCUAUAGCUUACGCCUUCGCACUGUUCGUGGCUGUUCCAGUCAGCGCCAACAUCUCCGGCGGCCAUGUUAACCCUGCCGUCACCUUUGGUGCCUUUGUUGGCUGUAACAUUACCCUUCUCCGUGGUAUCCUGUACUGGAUUGCUCAGUUGCUUGGCUCCGUCGUGGCUUGCUUGCUUCUUAAGCUCGCCACCGGUGGCUUGGAAACUGCUGCAUUUUCUUUGUCCGCCGGAGUUGGCGUGUGGAACGCAUUAGUAUUGGAGACUGUGAUGACAUUUGGACUGGUGUACACCGUGUACGCCACCGCAGUGGAUCCAAAGAGGGGCAGAUUGGGAACCAUAGCCCCCAUGGCUAGUGGUUUCAUCGUGGGUGCCAAUAUCUUGGUUAGUGGGGCCUUUCGUGGUGCGUCAAGGAACCCAGCAGUGUCUUUCGGCCCCGCAGUGGUCAGCUGGACCUGGGAGAACCACUGGGUCUACUGGGCCGGUCCACUCAUAGGUGGUGGCCUUGCUGGAGUCGUCUAUGAGCUCUUCUUUAUCCCCCAGUCCCACGAGGAGUUGCCAACAACUGACAAUUGA